GUGCCAACGUUGACGUAGCUCAUGGGUGUCAGCAGGAUGAACUAUAAACAGCAUGUAAUUCAGGCAGCUCUACACUAAUUGAACAUUCUUUUUAUAUCUAACCUCUAUUCAAAUUGUAAAUGUAGAGACAGCCCUAUGUAUAACUAUGAAAUUGCUUUUCCUUGCAUGCCUCAGUCCAAAAACGGGAAACUGCACCACAGCCGAGAGAAUAAGGGCACACAUUGUAUCAGCGGGUCACACCUGUGAGCUUCGAGAUGCUGCGGGUUUCAAGUCAUCGGUAGAGGUGGCCAGAUUGAUAGAACAGAAGCCACCCUUCGAGGGUGCUAUUGCCAUUCACCUGUUCAAAGGAGGCAGGCUCCUUCUAGAUACCCAAGUGCCCUUUGGAGUAGUCUUCGGUGGAACAGACAUUAAUGAAGAUGUGAAAGUUGAGCAGAAGCGUGCAGUUAUGGAGCAGGUGUUGCUGAAAGCCAGAUUUGCUGUUGCAUUUACUGACAAACUGAAGGCAGAGGCUGAAGUAUUUCUGCUGUCCCAAAGCAGCAAAAUCUACGUCCAGCCGCAAGGGAUCAAGACUGAGGUGGCUCAGAGCUUCAGCUGGAGGGAAUUUCUAAGGCGCUCAGCUACCUGCCUGCCUAUCUGUCUGCUCCCAGGUGUGAGUGGGGAGGAUGUGGAGGACCUGCAUGUGUUCCUACUGGUCUGUGGCCUGAGGAGAGUGAAAGAUCCUCUCUAUCUGCUGGAGGCAUUCUCAGAGUGGCACACUGAGAAUCCCCUGGUAGUGCUCAUCAUCAUCGGACCUAAGAUUGAUCCUGUGUUUACUGAAGAAGUAGAAGCAAUCAGUAAAAGGUUAGCAGGGGUUUACCUGGCCCAGGAGAUGAGCCAAGAGGAGCUCCAUGCUGCUAUGAGGAGGUCAGCUGCCCUGGUUAACAGUUCAGUCUCCGAGGGGAUGUCCGCUGCCAUUUUAGAGGCAAUGGAUCUGGAGGUACCGGUGGUGGCUCGUGACAUCCCAGGCAACACAGCGGUGGUGCAACAUGAGGUCACUGGUCUGCUCUACUCAUCCCCUAAGGAAUUUGUGCGUGUGUCUCAGAGGCUGCUGGUAGACGGGGAGCUGCGGGAGCGUGUGGUGACGAACGGGAAGCGCUACGUUGAGGAGCACCACAGCCUGGACCAUGAGAGGGAGGCCUACCAGAGGCUGGUGGACACUCUGCACUGAGGCUGCGCAGACUAACCAGCUCCUCUGUCUCAAUCCUACUGUCUCUCAGGAACAACCAAGGGCUCUAUUAAAUCUGUAUACGAUUAAUCGAUACAAAUGAAUAGAGCCCUAAGUCAGUGACACAGAUGGAACUACCCAAGCAGAAGAUACAUCUCCUUCAAAUUUUGAUAUUUAGUUGCGUUGACCAUAUCCAGUUUGGGUUAGUGCAAUCCUGGAUCCUUGGGACAUCCCUACCCUAACCUUAACCAUAACCCUUACCUAACCUUAACAUUUACCCUAACCUUAAC